UUUUUUUUUUUUCUUCCAACAUACCAUUGUUCAAACCAUUUGUUAGCUCAGUUUCGUUGGAUCUGCUAAUAAAGUAGUCUUCAUACUAUGAUCGCGUAGUAUUCUAAUCGAAAUGAGGAUUUUGGAAACUACUUUGAUACCGUUCAGUAUUGUAUUCAUGAUAUUAGCUCACUGUGAUGGAGCCAAAAUAUUGUUCGUUACCUCUUUCCCCGUAAAAAGCCAUUGGUUGUUGUUUCAACACAUAAUUGGUGAACUCAUCAAUCGGGGACACGAAAUCACCGCUAUUACCAACUAUAAAUUGGAUGUCAUUGUGGACAAGAAUCGCUACCGGGAAGUUUUGAUCCAUCCGACGUUCGAGUUCAAGGAUGAUCAUAUGCAAUCUUAUUUCCACUCGGAUUCGUUCCAACAUCCAGUCUACAAUAUUGUUGUUCUCCGAUGGCUUGGUUUGGCAACAACCGAACAUGCCUUGCACAGUGAUAACGUGAAGCAAUUCCUGAAACAGAAUGAAUUGAAGUAUGACUUGAUCAUCGCCGAACAGUUCGUCCAGGAAGCAUUCUUGAUGUUCGGUCACAAAUACAAUGCCCCAAUUGUCACAAUCAAUACGCUUGGAUACACUGAUUACAUUGAUGGGUUAUUUGGAAUGAUGACUCCACUUUCGUUUGUGCCUCACCAUUUCGUAUCCAUGAAUGACGAUAUGAAUUACAGGGAAAGAUUAUACAAUUUCUUCCUAGCGGCGUACGAUUGGUCUCAUCGUUGGUUUGACUACAUAAGCGAACAAGAUGCACUGGCCAGAGAAUUCUUUGCUGAUAACAAAUAUGAUCGCGCCAAAUUACCAUCGGUGCAAGAAUUGGAACUGAAUAUAAGUGUGGUUCUGUCUAAUAACCACAUUGUUUUUACCGAACCUAGACCCAAAAUGGCCGGUAUGGUUGAUAUUGCUGGAGCUCACAUUCGGAAACCAAAGAAACUUCCUUCGUCAAUUAAGCAAUUCCUUAACUCAUCCUCAGACGGGGUGAUAUAUAUCAACUUUGGGACAUUCCUGCGUAGCACAGCUCUACCGCAGAUUACAGUAGAAGCAUUCCUACGGACCUUCCGCAAUCUGCCCCAGUACAAUUUCCUCUGGAAGUGGGAUGGUGCUCCUAUUUCGGAUCUUCCAGAGAAUGUGCAUUUGGAUAAUUGGUUGCCUCAAAAUGAUGUACUUGCUCAUCCAAAAAUCAAACUGUUUAUCAACCAUGGCGGAAUAUUCGGUGCCCAGGAAGCUAUUAAUUGGGCCAAGCCUAUGCUGAUUGUGCCCAUCUAUGGUGACCAGCAUCGGAAUGCUUUCAAACUACAGCAAGCGGGUGUUGCGAUCACGCUUGCAAAGGAUAACAUUACCAGCGAUUCUUUGUUGGAGACUAUUCUGCAAAUCGUGAACAACACUAGCUUCCAGCAGAAUGUAAAUCAUCUUUCAGGUCUGUUUCGGGACAACCCAACGGAUCCGCUGGAGGAAGCAGUAUUUUGGAUCGAAUACGUAAUACGGCAUCGUGGUGCGGCACAUUUAAAAUCGGCAGCAAUCAAGGUGUCUUGGUAUCAAUAUUUGCUAUUAGAUGUUUUCGUGCUUAUUUUCUUGUUCAUAUUUGCCUGUUUUUAUAUGUUGUCUUGGUCCAUUAAACAGAUUAUAAAGGCAAAUGAGCAUAGGAAACUUAUGAUAAAGAAAAAUCAAUAGUGUUUAAUGAAAUUGUGCUAUACAUUAGAUAACAUAGUGUGCACAAUAAUAAAACAAACCCUUCUUAAAUUUAAAUACAUUGAUAUAAUGAAAUAAAAUAACUACAGCGUUUUGA